CACGAAUUAAACGUCGCGCUGUUGCUUCUUCACGCCUGCACCUCGCUGUUCCUUCCUCUUCCCCUUCAGCCUUUCUCAGGAUGCCAGACUCACUAUCCGACGACAACGACUCCAGAACGGCCGCGGUUGCGUCCCGCCCCCCGGCAACCGGCUCCCACCAGUCCUCGCGCCAGAGCUCCCAGGACUCCAACCCGAACCCGCGGAAAAGACGACGACGCAACGGCUCCGCCGAUGCCCGCAAUGUCCGCGACUUUGUCCCUCAGGGUGCGACAUUUAGCGCCGCAGCCCUCGAUGUAGACCCAGACACCACAUCCUCUUCGGGUUCCGACAGCUCGGAUGGCAACUCCUCCGAAGGUGGUGAUGCACAGGCCGAGUCCACGUCCACCGCACCGGCGCCACCUGUGAACUGGAACAAGGGGAACAAGAGUGCGAUCCGCACAUCGCUUCGCAGUCGCGGGAAGACAGACGAGAGCAAAUCUACUUCUCAGUUUGACGCCGUCAACGACAAAUUCUGGCGCAGUCGCAGCGCGUCUACUUCGUCCGGCGGUGAUGACGACGCGGAAGCCUCGAAACCUGGUCAGGAUGAUGUCGAGGAUAUCGAAGAGGGUGAGGUGGAUGAGGAGAGCUCGGACGAGUCCAGUCAGAUGCAGCUCUCUGGCGAUUCAGAUGACUCGGAGUCUCUGGAUUCGGAAGCGGAUGAUUCGAUCUUGCUGAACAUAGGGUCUCGGAACGGUCAGAGCCUUGGUCAGGACGAGGAUGGCCUUAUCACACCAGACGGCGAAGACGACUAUGAUCCCGAGGCUUUACCAGUUUCCGACGGCGGAGGCGGUACGGUCGCUCAUGGACAGGGCGCUACUGAGACACAAUCGAAAGAGGAUGCGCUUCUCCGCUUCUCGAAGAAGUACCCGACUUCUCCCUCCACCCUCGCUGAUCUGGAUCGCGACGACAUGGACAUUCAGGCGAAGUACAGAUUCUAUGACCGCGACGUCAAUGACAUCGACCUACAACUACCAAUAGCCUGCACAGAAUGUCUACGCGAGGGGCACCUGGCACAAGUCUGCCCCUCCCGGGAGUGCGUACAUUGCGGUGCCUGGAACCAGCACCAGAGCAGUUUCUGCCCGUCCUGGAGGAGAUGCCAAAGGUGUCGCCAGCGUGGUCACGACCAAGAGUGCUGUCCUUCCCCCCUGAAGGGCUCCACGAGCGAGUUCCCCUGCGACCUGUGCGGAUCAUCAGAGCACCUCGAGUUGAACUGCGAUCUCAUGUGGAAAUUCUCCCUCCAGGAAGCAUCGUCAGAGCCCGUUCUCGUCUCACUAUCCUGUGCCCACUGCACCAGCAACCGCCAUAUCAUCGGCGACUGCCCGUCGUUGGGAGGAGGACUGCGCUCCUCAUCCUGGACCCUCCGCGGGGUCGACCCAAACAUGAUCACCAAUAUCAAUUCGGUCGUGGGUGCCCGGCGAGGCGGUGGGGCACCCCGAGGUCAAGGAAGGGGCAUGAAGAUUCGGGGCCGCGCCGACCAGCGCUCUCCCUCAUCCGACAGCGACGACAUGAUGGCCCGGCCAGACCAUCGUCCACCCGUCAGUCGAGGCGCCAAUCGCGGCCACAUCCGGUUUGGCAAUGGCAUUGGACAGAACAAGAACCUGGCACCUGCGAGCGGUUACAGAGGGAACAACAACAACUACUCAUCUGGCAAUAACUCCCGCCAGCGGUCGUUAUCUCCCAACCCCCGUCCCACGCGCGGACGCGGAAGGGAUAGCUGGCAGCCGAAUGGACGGGGUGGACUGCCGAACCGUCCUCCAUCCAGAGGCAACGGGAACCCCGGACGCGGCGGGGGCCGCGGAGGAGGGCGCGGCGGGAAGCGAGGCGGCGGCGGCGAUGCCUAUCGCCCGCUCCCGAGUGCGGCCAAGAAGGCAUGGGACAAGUUCCGACUGUGAUGAUUUGGUGUGAUGAAUAAUGAAGACAGGUCGUUGACUCGGUUGGCGUUUCCUGUUUGUACAGCUAUACCCCGGGGUUUGAUUGAUUGAUGUGUAUAUCAAAAGCUGCUCGUCUUGCACCUUCACCUAAAAGCCAGGAGUCCCAUAUGUACAGCUCCGAACCAUGUUUAAUGUACAAGACUCUAGAAUCCCUUAC